AUGUCCGAUAUUAACACAACUCUCCUCAACUCAAUUCAAAAGAUUGAGGUUGAUCUUGCUGAAAUCAAGCAAGCAUUGCGCGAGCUUCAAAGGCAAUUCAGCAAUCAAUUUGUGCCAGCAGUCAGUGCGGAAGAUCUAACUACAAUGCAACAAAGCAUUAUUGAGCAGAGUUCUCUUGAGUGCAUUGCCGAGUCUCUUGGUAAGCGAGUAAUCAAUACUGGCGGCGAGUUCAAAGGAAAAAACGAAGCACAAAAAUACAAUCUGUUGCUUCAGAUUCUUCAUGAGCAGGACUGGAAGGCGCGCUGCAAAGAAGUUCCACAAGGGCAGUAUUUGCCCCCAUUAGUCCCUCUUUCAGACCAUGAUUUGACAGUAAAAAGACUGCAUCUCAAAACAUUAGGCCGUACGGUAAAGCAUGAUAUCAUUAACAAAGACUAUCCUGCGGCCUCAAAAGAAUGGAAGAAUAUCCCAGAGAAAAACAGGGAAUACUACAUGAUGCAUUUGGAGAGGUUGGCGAAGAAUGGUGGAUUGCACAUCCACCAAUGUAAAAGAAUGUGGUGUGCAAGAAGCCUUCUUCGGGAAAGCUUCAAGAGCGACAACCAGACGCACAAGAGAAGAAUGGCAGAGAAGAACAAAACACAGCGAGACAUAAGUGAUUCUUCACUUUCUUCUCCUGAUAUGUCAGAAACUGGUGAUGUUGAGUCGCCCAUAAUGGCAGAUGUGCUGUCUCCUCCACCCACAGCAAGUGUUGAGCCUGCUUGCAAGAGAAGCCGAAGAUCGUAG